GUAUCACAGUCUAUAUUGCAUUGCCUGCCCGUCACGCCUCCAGCUGUCUUCCUUUACUCUUCUCUCUCCUUCCACUACAUCCCUGCUUGCUUUACAAGACUGCGGACUCCAUUCUCCUCCCGGAAUUCCAAGCUGAAGCAGUAGAAGAACCAACACAGAGCAGAGAGAAGAGAGAAUGGAGAAAACUAGCCUUCUCCUCGUCCUCGUCCUCGUCCUUGCCACCGCGGACGACCUGGAAGCGGAGCUCCCCAAGGGCAAGGGCCACGGCGAAGACGACGAUGGAGCCGGCAUCCCCUGGUUCGGGGCCGACCCGGGCAGGUUCUUCGGCCACGGCAGCCGGUUCCACGUCCCGGCCGGGAUCGGUGGCGGGUGGGGCGGCGGCUUCGGCGGCCCUUCCGGCGGGUACGCGCGCGGUGGCGUGGUUCGGCCCUCCGUCGUCUGCUCCGAGAAGGGGCCCUGCCACAAGAAGCGGGUGACCUGCCCAGACAGUUGCUUCACCUCCUUCAGCCGCUCCGGCAAGGGAUACGGCGGUGGAGGCGGCGGCGGCGGGUGCACCAUCGACUGCAAGAAGCGGUGCACCGCCUACUGUUGACCGCGGAGCCUCAGCCACCACGUGUCGCGGGCUCCCCUCUAGUAAUAUGGUAAUGCCGUGUAACUCUAAUGACAGUUGUAUAUAUAUAUAUAUAUAUAUAUAUAUAUAUAUAUAUAUAUAUAUAUAUAUAUAUAUAUAUAUAUAUAUAUAUAUAUAUAUAUGGAUGAAUAAAAAGAGGAACUUAUCGUACUUAAUAAUUUGGUGCGGCAUUUUGCUAUGGGUUGUACAAUGUCUCUCCAUUUCGAUUUUAAGAUUCGUGCACUUAAUUUGAUAGAAAGCUUCGAAAUCCGUAGGUAGACGUAUGGAUAUAGUGAUUAACAACGGAUUCCAACCCUUAUAUAUAUAUAUAUAUAUAUAUAUAUAUAUAUAUAUAUAUAUAUAUAUAUAUAUAUAUAUAUAUAUGUGGCUAUGGGUCGUACAAUGUCUCUCCAUUUGGAUUUUAAGAUUCGUGCACACAAUUUGAUAGAAAGCUUCGAAAUCCGUAGGUAGACGUAUGUAUAUAGUGAUUAACGACGGAUUCCAACCCUUAAUUGUAUAUAUAUAUAUAUAUAUAUAUAUAUACAAUUACGUCUCCUCUAAUGAACGAUGGUUGAAUUCUACUAAAAAUAAUGUCUAUGUUUUGUAAAGUUCAACCCAGCUGGAUAAUACUCGUGUUUACUUCUUCAAGUCUAAGUCACAAAUUGGAACAGUCUACCCACAAUUUAGUAAGUAUCACUAUUUUGUUAAGACUAAACCAUUUGAUGAUUCGCUACCAAAGUCAAAAGUGUCAGGUAGUAUACAUAAUAUACAAUCCUACUUAAUGUAUGCCUGCAACAGCUCAGCGAAGGAAGAAGUCAACGCUAAUAUCUCAAUCGGCCACCGUUCGUCCUACGGCCCUUCGUUCAAAGAUCAUAGUAGAUCUCUUCCCGUUGUUAGAUCCUUGGCCUGUUGAAGUCAGAGCUUUUGUCCCAACUCCCGAGAAGCGGCACGUCCAACCGGCUCGGCCGGUGCAUGAAGGCGCCGCUCCGUGCGCUGUGCCACGCACGCGACUUCUACGUGCGCAGCAUGAACAGCUGCGCCGGCCGCAUGGAGUACGGGCUGCAGAUGGGGGAUCUGCCUAGAAGCUACAGC